GUCGCCGCAGUAGCCCCGGGCGCCGCAGCACCCGCUCCGUCGGCGACCGCAGCGUCCUCACCGUAGCGCCCAGCCCGGACCCGCCGCCCGGCAGGAUGGCUGUAGCUCCUCCAAGUUACUGUUUUGUGGCCUUCCCACCGCGAGCUAAGGAUGGUCUGGUGGUGUUUGGGAAAAACUCGGCGCGGCCCAGAGAUGAAGUGCAGGAGGUGGUGUACUUCUCAGCCGCUGACCAUGAACCCGAGAGCAAGGUCGAGUGCACGUACAUCUCAGUCGACCAAGUCCCCAGGACCCAUGCCAUAGUGAUAAGCAGACCCGCCUGGCUUUGGGGGGCAGAAAUGGGAGCCAAUGAACAUGGAGUGUGCAUCGCCAAUGAAGCCGUCAGUGCCCGAGAACCAGCUGCUGAGACGGAAGCCUUGCUGGGGAUGGACCUGGUCAGGCUUGGUUUAGAGAGAGGGACAACAGCUAAAGAGGCCUUAGAUGCCAUCGUCUCCUUGCUGCAAGAGCAUGGCCAGGGCGGGAAUUACUACGAAGAUGCCAGCUCCUGCCACAGCUUCCAGAGCGCGUUCCUGAUCGUGGAUCGUGAGGAGGCCUGGGUGCUCGAGACCGUCGGGAAGUUCUGGGCUGCCGAGAGAGUCACAGAGGGAGUGAAGUGCAUUUCCAACCAGCUGUCGCUCACCACCAAGGUGGAUGAAGAGCACCCUGAGCUCAGGAGUUAUGCUCAGAGUCAAGGCUGGUGGACCGGAGAGGACGAGUUCAAUUUUUCCCAAGUGUUUUCUCCAGCUGAUGACCACCUAGACUGCUGUGCGGGCAAAGACAGCUUAGACAAACAAGAAGAAAGCAUCACCGUGCAGACUAUGAUCGAUGUCUUACGGGACAAAGCCAGUGGGGUCUGCAUAGACUCGGAAUCCUUCCUCACCACGGCCAGUGUAGCGUCUGUCCUGCCUCAGAAUAGGAGCCUGCCGUGCAUCCACUACUUCACCGGGACCCCAGACCCUUCCAGGUCCAUAUUCAAGCCUUUCAUCUUUGUCGAUGAUGUGAAACUCGUCCCUAAAACGCGGUCUCCCUGUUUUGGGGACGACGACCCUGCCAAAAAGGAGCCUCGAUUCCAGGAGAAACCUGACCGCCGGCACGAGCUGUACAGGGCCCACGAGUGGGCCCGCUCCAUCCUCGAGAGUGACCAGGAGCAGGGUCAGCAGCUGAGGAAGACCAUGCUGGAGCUGGAGAAGCAAGGCCUGGAGGCCAUGGAGGAGAUCCUGAGCAGCUCCGCGCCCCUGGACCCCGCCGAAGUGGGAGACCUUUUCUAUGACUGUGUUGACACGGAGAUCAAGUUCUUUAAGUGAAGUAAGCGUCCCCCUCCCCUUCUUAUUUAAAACUUCCCACCUUACUAAGUUACCAGCAAAACACGCCCCUCUGCUGUUUGAGCAAACCAAGAACGUACAGAUGUGGCCUCCCUCUCAAGCCGGACGGACCUGCUCCCUGGCGGCCUGCCUUCAACCUGCCGUGUCCCUCCCGCCCCGGUCUGCAGCGUGGCUGCCCUCCUUUGCCGGGUCCCUUGUCUCCUGCUGGCCUGUCAUUGGUCCGUGUGACCCACUGUGGACCUGAGGCUGCUGUCAUUGUGUUUCAGCGACAGUAGGCUCAGUAGCCUUCCCCUCGGUGGCAGAGUGCCUCGUACCUGGGGGGGGAAGGCUCCGCAGGGCCGGGCUGGCGGGAGGAGCGGCCUCUCUGCGGGAUCUCACUCUUCCUCUGCGUAACGGGUCCUGCAGGUUAACAAAAGGCACUUGUCUGCACGCACAGGGCUCUUGUGUGUGGAGUUGAGGGGGUGGCUCUCCGGCUCCCCUUCACUGGAGUGCAUGUCAGUGGCCCUGCACGUGUCUCCUGGGGGACAAGACCAACAGGGAGAACCUUCCUGGUCCUCGGUCCCCACCUUGUUCCCGUGAUCUGGAAGAACCCGUCUUCCCAUGUACCGUGCUCCUAUGCGGUGGGCCCCAGAAGUGUCCUGUGCAGGAGACCUGGUCACCUGUCGGCCACCAUGUGGGUCUCCCCACAGGCACUCCUGCCACUUGGAUGCAGCCCUGGGUAGACAUGGUUCCGGAUCGGGUCAUCAGCGUCUCGUCUAGGACCUUUUCAACAGCCCACAAAGCUGUGCAUCUCAGGAGGGGAGGGAGAGGACAAACUAUCGACUCUCUAGAUUUCAGGUGGCGUAGCUGGCCUCUGAGCAGUCACUCCAUUAUCUCUGCACAGAGGCUUGGAUUAAAUGGAUCUGUUUCAACCUGGUGUCCACAUAAAGGAUCUGGCUCACCAGCACAGCAUAGAAAGUGCAGGGCAGAGCAGAUGGGCUUAGCCUUGGGAAGACAGAGGGCAGGCAGGUGGCAGAUGGAUGGAGACGCAUUCUCUGCGGGUUAACCGUCCCACCCCCGCCCUGCCUGGCCAGCCUGGAAAGCCUACAAAUGUGUGUGUGAAGUGGCCAGCUUCCAACUCCUCCCCACCAAGUCCUCACACCCCACAUGUCCUGGUAGUUGUCUUCAAAGCAGCAGGGAAAGUGAGGGGAUGGUGGUGGGGAGAGGGGCCUCUCCAUCUGCUGAAACUCUCGACUCCUCUGGAAGUGGCAUGGGGCUAGCGAUGGUUAGGGGAAGCGAUUGCUAAGAAAGCAGCCAGUGGGAGAGCGCCAUCCGGGCAGGAAGUGGCAGAUGGGACCAUUGUGAGAGCUUGUCGUCUCGGAGGUGGCCUGAGUGAAUGCCUCCCCACAGGAGUGUCCCAGGCCACGUGGGAGACCACGCCCCUCGUCACAUAGAUGCCACCUGGGCAGCAGCGGCUGCAAAACGACCUCUUUUUCCACCGAUCCUCCCUUAAGUGUGGGCUUUGCGCUCGGCCGUUUUGUAAAUUCCGAGUGAGAGGGGGAAGAGCAUUUCAGCUGGCCGAUGAUGGCGUCAGUAGUGGUGGCUUCUGUGCCUUUGAGCUUUGUGCAGGUUUGACUCGGGCUUUCCCCUUAGGUAGAGCGGCCACUCUGAGAGCGUCUGUCCACAAGUGCUAAGGGGAGGGGUGAGGUGCAAGGAGAAUGCAGGUACUUGUCCUCCCCCAAGUCCACCUGCCAAGUGGUUACUGAAAGCAAGAUGAUGCAGUCACUCUGAAUUUCAUGGUGUGGUCUCGUCGCCACCACCCAGUGUGGGAGCAGAUCAUCAGGUCUGACAUGGCUGAGACAGCUGCACUGAUUCAGGGUUUGAGCCAAAGCAGUGUAGGGAGACCACAUCCCUCUUAUGGGUCACACGGAGGUCGCGGCUAGCCUUGCCAGCCUCAUGCAUUACCCAGCAACGUGGUGGGAAACCCAGAGGCUGCUUCUGAGAGGGGAUGUAGACUGUGGUCAAGUGGUCCUGACGGUGAUGUAUUAGACUGAUCACUAGAGGGCGCUACAGCCAACUGGGGGCAUAGCCUGGCUGAGGGUAACCUGGCCUUGGUUUGGAUCAUCAAGCACCGAGGUGGCCCACAGGUGGCUUCUUUGUGCUUUGGGAUGGAUGGUGAAACACAAGACAACAGCAAAGAACCUGCUGUUGUGCUUAGACUCAUGUUGAGUGACUGUUAUCUACUAAAUGAACAGUUGCAAAGUUGUUGGAUUUUCAGCAGGCUGUUCAUGGUGGCAGUGGUGGGGUGUUUGCUUUUAAAUGGAAAAAAUGCUUAUUACAUGGAUCAUUACUUGGCCAGAAUUAUCAGCUCUUCUGAAGGUAAGACAGGCGAGAAUAUUCACAAUGAAAUAUGGAAGUGAUGUUUGAAGGGCGCAGUGUGAAACAGCCUCUUAGAAUACCCUUUGUGUACCUAGUAAGACUGGGGUGGCAGCGGCUGUGCGUGCUUUGUGCAGGGAGAAGACGUGGCGCACGUCAAGGACGGCCCUGACGGUGUCAUGUCAUUCCCCACUCUCGUGGCCCUCACCAGGGGAUGGGAUUCAGCACAGGUAAAGCCCACCUUCACCCACAAGGGUGCAGGCUCCAGGAGGAAUGGAUUAGGGGAACAGAACUAGUACUUGGUCAGUGUUGGAGAGGUGUGUGACUCCAGUUAGAAUAAGUACAUAAUCAAGAUGAUGGCGACUCUGAGGUCCCGGUCACCGCGGUAAACCCCUGUAUUACUACUAUCAGGAGCCCUAAUCCUACAAGCUCACAGAGCAGGCAGGUCCUAGAGCACCUCGGCAGUAACUUCCUUUACUACUGGGCAAAUCGUUAGAUCUGAACACUGGAUGAUCAGCCAGGCAAGUUUGCUUCCUCACCGAUCAUCCCACGGUGGCCCUGGUGUCAAAUACCCUAUGGCUGGCCCAACGGGGAAGCCAGAUAAGACCGGUGCGCUCCUGACUGAAGAGCCAUCUGCCCUUGGAGGAAGCUCUUCCACUGAGCUCAGCUCUAGGAGGGAAGCAGGGAGGUUGGGGGGAGCACCCGCCUCGCUGAGAGUGGCAGGUGGCGAGUACGGCGGUCCCAUUCCAGCACUCCCUUACGCUUCCCUAUAGCCGUAGCUGUGGCGUUUCAUCCCACAGUCCAAGUCCCAGCUCCCCUCCUGUGGUUGUGUCCCAGUGUGCUGUGUCUGGUUGACUCCAAACACCCUGCAAUGUCCCAUGCAGAUUUCUCGUGGGAACCAAUAUGUACACGUUUGCAAUCAUGUUGUGAGAAUUUAAAUGUGUUGCCUGAAAAACACUAUUAGCAGGGAAUAAUAAAAAAAAUCUUCCUGUUUCCUGCAGGGGGAACUGACCUUGUAGUCUUAACAGUCUUUUGUACAAAUACCUACAGACCAGAUAACGUCCUUAGUCAUGCUUGCCCUUGGAAAUGUCUCUAAAUGCAUUGAGCCUACAAUAAAAAAAAAAAAAAAAAACAAAAAACAAAAAA